GAAGAAGAAGUAAUCCCUUUUGUUUUUCUUCUUUUCCUUUUCUUUUCUUUUCCUUUCUUUUAUAAAUAAAUAUAUUCCUCCUCUACUCCUACUCCUCUACUCUCUCACACCUAAAACACACACACAUCUACAUCUCUCUCUCUCUCUCUAAAAGUUGUCUUUGUUUCAAGUCUACCACUUAACAUUUGAUGAUCAUCAAAGCUUCUGCAUCAAAUGAUUUGGAAAAGAGAGUCAAAUCACACUUCUCAUACUCUCAAUAUAUCUAGUAGUAAUUCACUUCUUUUUAGUUUCUAGAGAGAGAGAGAAAUUAACCUCAUAUUCAAGAACAGUUGUUGAAUGAGGAUGAAUAUGAUGGAACAACACGUGUGCAAUAAUAAUAUCUCAAUCACUACCUUCUCUUCAGCUUUUCUUUGAUCAUAUUUUUCAGUUGCGUAUGGGUUGAGAAAACAGGUUGAAGAAAGUGAUACUAAAAAGAUAUAAAAAGCAUCUAUGGCAACUUACUACAAUGGAAAUUCAGAGAUUCAAGGUGGAGAUGGGUUGCAAACACUAGUUCUAAUGAAUCCGGGAUACAUUUACUACCCGGAUUCACAACAAUCAACACAACCGCCACCCGCGAAUUUAAUGUUUCUAGACUCAAAUCAUCCCGGAAACAAUCCACACAUGGCGGUUGGACAACAACCGCCACCAUCCGCUCAAACUCAGCAGUUUGUUGGCAUACCAUUAUCCGCAUCGCCACCGUCAUCUGUCCAUUCCCAACACGACGUCUCUUCACUGCACACCUUCAUCCCCCGGGCCCAGUACAUGUACAACCCGGGGGAAAUGGUGGCAACGCGUGAAGCCACACCAUUUCAACAAGGCUUGUCUUUAAGCCUGUCUUCUCAACAAUCCCGGUAUGGGACACAGGGCACCAGAGUGCCUGUUUCCCCCACCGGUGAUGACGUCAGAGCUGGCAUCACCGGUGGUCCUGGAGGUGGUGGUGGAUCCACAUCAUCAGCCUCUGGGAUUUCCAAUAACGGGAUGCAUAAUAUGUUGUUGAAUUCAAAGUAUUUGAAAGCUACCCAAGAAAUUCUUGAGGAAGUGGUGAAUGUUGGGAAAGUAGCACUCAAGAACUCGGAUGAGUCAUCCAAGAGUCUCAAGAUUAGUGGGACCGGUGGUGAUGGUGGAUCACCACCAGCACCACCGGUCGGUGCAGAAGCUGCAGACACCGCCAAAUCUGGCGGUGCCACAGAACUUACUACGGCCGAAAGACAAGAGAUUCAAAUGAAGAAAGCAAAGCUUGUUAACAUGCUUGAUGAGGUGGAGCAAAGAUACAGACAAUACCAUCACCAAAUGCUAAUAGUAAUCUCAUGGUUUGAACAAGCAGCCGGAACCGGGGCAGCAAAAACAUACACAGCACUAGCUUUACAGACAAUCUCGAAGCAAUUUCGAUGCCUGAAAGACGCGAUAAUGGGCCAGAUUAAAGCCGCAAGCCGCAGCUUAGGGGAAGAAGACAGUUUAACCGGCGGUGGUAAGCCCGAUGGCAGCGGUUCGAGGCUGAAAUUUGUGGAUAAUCAACUCAGGCAACAGAGAGCUUUGCAGCAAUUGGGUAUGAUCCAGCAUAAUGCUUGGAGACCCCAAAGAGGAUUGCCUGAGCGGUCUGUUUCGGUUCUUCGCGCUUGGCUUUUCGAGCAUUUUCUUCACCCAUAUCCAAAGGAUUCAGACAAACAUAUGCUUGCAAAACAAACUGGGCUUACUAGAAGUCAGGUGUCGAAUUGGUUUAUAAACGCUCGUGUUCGGCUAUGGAAGCCGAUGGUGGAGGAGAUGUACCUUGAGGAAAUUAAAGAACACGAACAAAACGGAAAAGACGACACUAACACGAGCAAGAACGACGAAAACGAAGAUAACUCGUCGUCGAAACAAGGGAAAACUCCGUCGCCAGAAAACUCAAACAGAGGAUUCCGAACCGCGAAACAAGAGAAUGCGUUCCAUCCGCCACCGUCAAUGACGGCUUCCACCAGCGUCUCCACAUCUCCAACCGGAAUUCAAUUCCAAAACCCGUCUGGUUUCAGCCUCAUCGACGGAAUCACACAAUUCAGCCCGAAAAAACCACGAAACAACGAGCAGCAGCAACAAAACCAGAACCAACACGACACGGGUUUCACCCUGACUGGCGGGAACCCAACCGAUUUCAUGUCCGGACUCGGUGGUUACCCGGUCGGUGAAAUCGGGAGGUUCACCGCCAACCAAUUCCAACAACAGUUUUCUGGUAACGGGGUCUCAUUGACUUUAGGUCUACCAGACUGUGAAAACCUAUCAAUGUCGGGGACCCACCAGAGUUUCCUCUCUAACCAAAACAUUCAACUCCGCCGAGGAGCGGAAUUAGGGGAAGAACACGAUUACACCGCCAUGAAUCCGCCGUCAUCUUCACACACAGCGGCAUUAUACGAAUCGAUGAACAUCCAAAACCGCAAGAGGUUUGCGGCACAACCUUUGCCAGAUUUUGUUGCAUGAACAAAGAUGAAGAAAUGAAGAAAUAAAACCAUAGAACAGAUUUGAUUCUAUACUUGGAUGAAGAACAAGAACCAUUACUCCAUUAGAGUUCUAUAUAGAUACAGAUUAGGUUUCUCAUGAAUCAUUCCAUGAUUUAAUGACUGUAUAUUAAUUUUGUAUGUAAGUAUGCAUGUAAAACUAGUUCUAUAUCUUUGGAUUGGGGGGUAUACCAUAAACAAUAUUUAUAAUCAUCUCAUCAUCUUUCAAUA